AAUGAAACUAAGGAGUUAAAAUAUAGGGUUACGCUAACCUCUGGAAGCCUUCUCGGUGUCACCUUACAUUACGCUUUCUCCUCGCUCAGCGGUGAGAUACGAGCUAACCAUGGGAGCCACUUGUUCCAAAUGUUGUUUGUGUUACUGCUUUAAAUUAGUUGAGUUUGGAGACAGCUUUCGCUGCCGCCAUUCCUGUUGCAUCCAAUACUGUGAACCUUGCUGUCACUGCGGCGACUGUUGCGAUGCAGAAGAUGAUUUACCGUUCGUGAAAGAAUCUGAACUAGUUUCAAGCGAAGAGGAAGCUGUUGUUUAUCUAAAUGGGGAUAAGUACACAGGCGCCAUGCAAAACAACAAGAAGCAUGGAUACGGUGAGCUUACACGCAAAGAUGGAACGAGGUAAUCUGGAAAUUUUAAAAUACCUUUGCUCGAUUAGAAAAGGUUUCAUGGACAUACAGGUUGUCACAAGAGGGUCAGAAAAUUUUGGAAGACUUCUGGAACACUGUCACGACGGGUAGCCCGUUCCCAGAGACGGAACAUCAUGAUCGUGACGAGUGAGUUUUUCAAUGUUCUCAUCCCUGCGACGGGAAUUUUUUUAAGGCUGAUUUGUCUAAAAAAAGACACAAUCCUACUACAAAUUCUGAUUAAACCUAGACAUAGUUGACGAAUUGCUACCCGGCAUGUGAAGCACCGCACAAAAUUAGUAAUUUUAUCGCAGAUUCAAAGGAAAUGUGGAAGAGUAAAAGCGACCAAGAUGGGGUGACAGGGGAGGAACGGGGGAGGGAAGUAAAGAUUUUGCUCUUUGGUCGACGGGUAUGUUGUCACGCUUUCAGUUUUGCUUUUCUCUUCUUGUUCAACAGUUUAAAAGGCUAUUUUGUUGAUGAUCAUUUUAUUGGCGAGACACCUGCAGACAAUUUGGCUGUGGCUAGUGCUACAGAUCAUGAAUCAAAUAGGUAAGUCUUAAAGUUCUGAAAAACAAUUACUCUGUAACUGGUUAGUGCAAUAGUCAUACUGACUGAUGUUUUUCACCGAUUAGUUGAGCUAAUUGAGCUAAGUGCUGGACCUAGUCUGAUAUAAUCUCGUACUCAGAUCCUACUAUGUAACGUGACUGACCGCUUCGCAGUGGGAGGUCUGGGCACAAGACAAAGCCUGAUAAUAACAGAAUUCCUUUUUCCCUCUUUUUUUGUUUUUUGAGACCAGCAAUCUUACCUUUGGCUUCAGAGUAACUUCAAAAUAUCGGUUUAAUUUGAUAAAAACACCAAUUUAGAAAAGGUUAAAUUAAUAAAAUAGACUCUGAUUGUCAGGGCUAAAUAUUCAAAGAUACACCGACUGCAAUGCAGCUCAGAAUGAAAUGAUAGACCAAAAUGAUUUAUUUUACUGAAAAGUUCGCCAUUUGAAGCUCUCUACUUUCAUUGUCAUUUCAUUGCAGUGCUUUAAAGCAAGCCGGAUCAAAUGUCUCUCAUCGUGAACUUCAACCUCUAGCAUCUACUGAUGGCCCAGAGGAACGUCUUCGGGACACAUGAUUUGACACGGGCGAAUUAAUCACGAGGCUGAUGAGUCAUACUUUCGUUCGUCUCGUUUCCAGGGUUGGAAGCAAGGCUGGUCCACGUAGUAGUUUGCAUUUCGACAAUUUAUUGUUUGUUAUACAACAAUGCAAUUGACCAACGAGAAACUUAAUUGAAACUGCGGCAAUGGGUUCAAGGCGAAACUGAUGCGUAGCAAAAAUGAAGAAAGUAACCAAUAGGGCUUGGUCAUCGUCAGUCUUAGGAAAUUAAAACUGAAAGUAAUGAUAUCAUUUAAAGGUUUAUUAGUCCACUAAGCUACCCAUAAUAUUGAGUGACGAAACUGAUUUUCUUUUUCUCGUUCUAAUUCACGUCAGUCAGAAAAAUUUAAUUGCAAAUGACAACAGUUGAACAGAAAAGUAUAGCUCAGAAUGGAACAGUAAGUUUCAAGUAAGUUAGUUCUUCCAAUUGUUGUAUCUGUUUUUGUUUUUUUGUUUUUUUUUUU